CGGUGGUCGGCGGAUUUUUCGAUUUCUGCUCGACUUCACAGGCAAGUGAAAUGGGUUACGAAUACAAGCGAGACCAAGGAUGGAGUGGCGCGCCCGCUCGGGAUGGAACUUGCGGGCCGUACUUUGAGAAAUAUGAAGAUAGAGUCGCUUCCCUCUUCCCGAUCGUACCAAUGA